AUGGCAUUCUAUGAAAAAUCCCUUGUGUCAGUAAUAGAGAAUAUCAAUUCCACGCUUCGCUCAGCACAGCUCAAUGAGCGCACAUGGACACGUGAAACCAAAACUCUACUGCAACUGGCGAGCGAAUUUGUCAACCUCCGAACGCGUCAAAC